AGAAUUUUAGUGAGCAAUAUUGUAAUUAGAAACCAGCAAUUAUUACUAUUGACAAGUAUUACAAGGUUGUCAUGUUAAAUCAAACUGUGAAGAAAAAAAAAACUAAAAACAGUAAGGUAAAAACACAAAAUUAAAAAAAACUGCUGAGAGAGUAGUGAUUGAAGCAGACCUGUUGUAACACCACUCCUCUUUUCUUUAUGAUCUCAUGUGUAAAGAAAAGAUCUUUAGGAGGAUUUAAACACCCUGACAGUAGCUAGAUGAGGUAGUUUUGGUUCCUUACUUUCAUGGACAAACCAAGAAUCCCUAAACUUCUUGUGCUCAUGUUGUGCUUGUCUAUCUUGCCAUUUUAUUCCUUCACCAGGAAAAAUGCCUGAAUGAAUUUCAGAUUGAGAACAGCCCUUCUUCAGUUCAUGGGGCUUUAUUUUGAAGGUCUUGCCCGGCACUUGUGUUGCUAUUGUGUCCACCUUGAUGCUGUGGGUACAGACUGGCUGUGGGCAACCUCAGACAGGUGGAGGAGACGUCCUUAAGAAGCUGAACUGCACCGUGCUUGGACUGAGGACUGGGCUGGGCUGCAGGACCAGCAGCGGUGGACGCUGUGCGCGCUCCGGUGCGCGGAUCCUCCUGCAGCUGCUGGAUUCACAAUAUGAGACCAGAUCCAAAACAUGUUUCGGCUGAUUUUCCCAUCGUGAGCCUUCGCACACAUGCUGGACACUUAAAUGUGGACGCGGGGAGGACGAGGGAUGUAGUUGCGAUGGAGAAAUGAGGAGCACACAUGGACUUGAGGUUUUUCCCUGAGAUUAUCAGCUUUUAAUAUUUAUCACUCCCUCCGUCUGCCUUGGCCAUGGAGAACCAAGCAGCCGAGCCGCAGAACUAUGAAGAUGUACAGAAAAGCGGCUAUCUCCGCAAGCAUAAAUCAAUGCACCGGCGGUUCUUCGUGCUGAGGGCGGCCUCGGAGCAUGGUCCGGCUCGGCUUGAGUAUUACGAGAACGAGAAGAAAUUCCGCAGUAAAUCACCUGUGCCCAAAAAAGUCCUGAACCUGGAGACUUGCUUCAACAUCAACAAGCGGGCAGAUUCCAAGAACAAGCACAUGAUCGUGCUUUAUACCCGCAGCGAGAGCUUUGCCAUCGCUGCAGACAGCGAGGAGAUCCAGAACGAGUGGUACCAGGCGAUGCUGGACCUCCAGUGCAACUGUAAAACUCCAGAGGACUAUGGCAGUAGUGGAGAGUGUAGCUCCCCAUCUCCUGUUCCAACCUUCAAGGAAGUGUGGCAGGUCAAGGUUUGGCCUAAAGGUCUUGGACAUGCCAGGAACUUAGUGGGCAUCUACCGGCUGUGCCUGACUGACAAGACAGUCAACUUUGUCAAACUCAACUCUGACGUGGCUGCUGUGGUGUUGCAGCUUAUGAAUGUCCGCAGGUGUGGCCAUUCAGAGAAUUUUUUCUUCAUCGAGGUGGGGCGUUCUGCGAUUACCGGCCCCGGAGAAUUCUGGAUGCAGGUGGAUGACUCCGUGGUGGCUCAGAACAUGCACGAGACCCUGCUGGAAGCCAUGAAGGCACUGAGUGAGGAGUUCCGCCAGCGCAGUAAAUCUCAGUCUGUGGGGACAUCGUGCGGAGGGGGCACUGCUUCAAAUCCCAUCAGCGUCCCAAGCCGGCGCCAUCACCCGAAUCUACCACCAAGCCAGGUGGGCUUCUCCAGGCGAGCACGCACGGAGACCCCCGGGACAGGAGGCAGCAGCACAAGCACCUCGCCUACAUCACGCCAUGGGUUUCCAAGGGCAAGAACGGCCAGCAUUGGAGCCAGGUCAGAGGAAGGUGGAGCAAGUGCGAAAGGGACAUGGGCAAGCUCCAGUCCUAGUCUUAAUGGAUCCUGCUCAACUACGCCAACACUGAGGCCCAAACCCACCAGGGCCCCAACCCCUGCUAAGAUUACCCUCAGCCUUGCACGCUACACGCCCAACCCUGCUCCAUCUCCUGCUCCGAGUCUGUCCUCCAGCUCUGGUCAUGGCUCAGAGUGCGGCCUGGUGGGGGCAGCAGUAGGGGGUAUGACGAUCUGUUCCUACCCUCGUGUUUCUCAGAGAGUUUCUGUUUCAGGUUCACCCAGCGACUAUGGCUCCUCCGAUGAGUAUGGAUCCAGUCCUGGUGAACACUCUCUGCUCAUUCCCAGUCUGUCUGGACACCAUGUUCAUGGAGAGGGCCCCUCCAGUUAUAUAGUCAUGGGACAGCGAGAGGGUCUGCUUGGUUCUCAUCAUCGCUCCAAAGGCCGGCGGAUUCUGAGGCGCUCAUCCAGUCGGGAAUCUGAGGCAGAACGCAGACUGCUAAGUAAGAGGGCUUCACUGCCUUUGGCAUCCCACGAGCGACUGACCCCACACAGAAAAGACGAAGAUGAUGAGGACGAUGAAGAAUAUGCCAUCAUGUCGCAGAGUGCUAACAGAGAGAGAGCUGAUUUGCACCACGGCUCAGGGAGUGUGACAGUUGGGGGUGGGCAGCUUGAUGCAGUAGGGGAGAAUAGGAAGAGGGCUGACAAAAACAGGGGAGGAGUGGACACAGGAGCAGCUGUGGAUAGCGGCUAUAUGUCAAUGUUGCCUGGAGUGACAUCUCCUCCUGUUUCACUCUCUCUUGCAAUAGGUAUGUCAGAUGCUAGUGCUAAACCCGGAGCCGAUGAUGAGUACAUGGCCAUGACCCCCAACAACAGUGUAUCCCCCCCUCAGCACAUCCGCCAGCCCAGCUCAGAGGGCUACAUGGUCAUGUCCCCCAACAGCAGCAGCUCCACAGACCUGCAUGGACUGAGCAUGUGGGACAGCAGGGCCAGCAUGGAGAGCCGGGCUGCCAGCGACUAUAUGAACAUCUCUCCUGUCAGCAGCCGCUCUGCCUGCAGCACGCCGCCUUCCCACCCAGAGCAGCACCAACUGCAACCAAAAAUGUUCAAUUCCUACUUCUCCCUGCCACGAGCUUAUCAGCAUACUCUCUACACUCGCUUUGAGGAAGACUUAAACAAAGGAGAAGGGAAAAAAGACAGCAGUGGGCAUGAUAGUGCUGGAAGGGGAGGGGGAGUGGGAUACAGCAAGAGAAACAAAAUUGCAGUGGGCCCUGCAGGAGGCUGCCAACUCUCCAUGUCUUCCUCGUCUUUCUCUUCUAGCUCAGCCAGCAGUGAAAGCCUUGAAGACAAGUCCAUAUCAGCAGGGAGAGGGUUAAGUUUGCUAAGAACUGGAGCAGAAUACAAGAGUGCGGGAACAUGCACAAAAGAUGGGCGUCCCCACCAAAAACGUGCGUCAAGUAGUAAGAGCCCAAAGCAACAAAGGAGGGGUCGCCCCCUCAGCGUGUCCUCAGACAUUACUAAAGCAAACACCCUGCCCAGGGUUAAGGAGAAUCUGCCGCCAUCUGUGUCCCAGAAUGUCGGAGAGUAUGUCAGUAUUGUCUUCAAGGAGGAUAAUAAAUAUGACAGAGGACGAUGUGCAGGGUCUGAGCGUGGACAGCCUGUGAUCCAUGGAACCCUCCGGCCCGUGAACCAACCACUCCUCUGCCACGAUAAUCCUGCUAACCUUCCCCGCAGCUUCUCUGCCCCGUUGUCCACCUCUGCCGAGUACGUCAGCAUGGAUUUAGGGAAAUCCUCAACACCCCUGACUCAUGUUAGAUCCACAUUCAGCACCCCACAGAGCCCACCAGCUGUUGCUCCCAAGGCCCGACAUGAACACAGCACGUCCUCUCCUCUGGCAGCAGAAGGCAACGUAGGGUACAGAACAAAAGUAAAGAUGGCAGCAAUGCCAACAGACGCUUCUCCUUCAUUCACGGACAGCAAAGGUUCAGAUCCCAGCAUUUCAGCAAGACCUGCCAUUCACUCCGGUCAGUCGUUAUCUAUGGAGCAGGAGACAGGUUUGAGUUUUUCACCAGUCAAGUCCUUCCAGUCUCCUGAGCGGAGCGGCAGACUGGUCAGAGGUGACCAGCAGGGACGCUUGAGCCACCGCUCAGAGACGUUUAACUCUCCCCCCUCCCUACCACGCCACGCACCCUCUUCUACCUCCCUCUUCCCAGAGGGCAGCCAGGCAGCGAGCCAUCGGCAUGGUUUGGACUGCUCACUUUGGGAGAACGGGCAGGCUGCUACUUUGUCUGCCACACCUCCACCACAAGCCUCCACCUCAUCUGCUGAACAAGGCCUUAACUAUAUUGACCUUGACUUGGCCAUAAAGGAGAGCCCUCAAGCUGGAGUGGAUCGUACUUCUCCCGCCUACAACAUCGGAGGAAGCGCUAUGGGUAGCAGUGCUGGCUCCAUCCUCAACACUUAUGCCAGUAUUGAUUUCUAUAAGUCAGAAGAACUGAGAGCACACCAGAACAGUAGAAAGGAUGGUCAAGACUGUUGAUCUCCAUCUUCGUCUUGGAUCUGAGCGUGACGCCGGUGUGACAGCUCCACGCUCGUUCCCUGAGGGGAUGGUUGGCAGCCCGAUCUGUUGCCACAACAGAACUGUACACUGGAGUC